AUGUCGAACAACAAAAUUGGACUAGAGUUGCCAAUGAUGGGCUCUUCUGCUAGUGCCGGAGAAUCGCAAAGGAAACAGCAGCAGGAAGAAUGCGUGUCUCCGUGCCUGGCAAAUGGUUGGUUCGUAAUCCUUGGUAAGAAGCUUAAUGAAAAGAUCGAAAAGAACGACAAGAACGAAAAGACCGACAAGAAGGACAAAAUCGAUAAGAACGACAAGAACGACAAGAACGACAAGAACGAUAAGAUCGACAAGAAUGACAAGAACGACAAGAACGAUAAGAACGACAAGAACGACAAGAACGACAAGAACGACAAGAACGACAAGAACGACAAGAACGACAAGAACAACAAGAACAACAAGAACAACAAGAACAACAAGAACGACAAAAUCGAAAAGAACGAACGACAAGAACGACAAGAACGACAAGAACGACAAGAACGACAAGAACAACAAGAACAACAAGAACAACAAGAACGACAAAAUCGAAAAGAACGACUAGAACGAAAGAUCGAAAAGAACGACAAGAACGAAAAGACCGACAAGAAGGACAAAAUCGAUAAGAACGACAAGAACGACAAGAACGACAAGAACGAUAAGAUCGACAAGAAUGACAAGAACGACAAGAACGAUAAGAACGACAAGAACGACAAGAACGACAAGAACGACAAGAACGACAAGAACGACAAGAACGACAAGAACGACAAGAACGACAAGAACGACAAGAACGACAAGAACGACAAGAACGACAAGAAUGACAAGAACGACAAGAACGACAAGAACGACAAGAACGACAAGAACGACAAGAACGACAAGAACGACAAGAACGACAAGAACGACAAGAACGACAAGAACGACAAGACCGAUAAGAACGACAAGAACGACAAGAACGACAGGAACGACAAGACCGAUAAGAACGACAAGAACGACAAAAACGACAAGAGCGACAAGAACGACAAGAACGACAAGAACGACAAGACCGAUAAGAACGACAAGAACGACAAGAACGACAGGAACGACAAGACCGAUAGGAACGACUAG